UAAAAUUCUAUGAAAUGCAUUAGAAUUCUUUAAUACGUUUUCAUCUGUUUCCACACCAUUUUUUUAUUUUACUUACAGUCACACAUAAAUAUUUAAAAUGCCUAGACGAAGUGCCGGAAGAUCAUCGCCUUCAAGAUCUUUUUCAUCAGUUCCUGCUAGAAGAUCACCUCAACCCUCGAUGCCUGUCAAAGCGACUCCAAAGCCUAGUCAGCCUCUAGGGCCUGGAUUAAUGGCUCAGAUGGGAACCACAGUAGCUGGAGUUGCUGUUGGAUCUGCAAUAGGGCAUACAUUAGGACAUGCUAUGACUGGUGCAUUUUCAGGUGGUAAAGCUGAAGACUCUUCCAAUGCACCAAUAGCUAAUGGGUCAAAUACUGAAUACAAUAAUACAUCCCCAUGUUUAUAUGAAAUGAAACAAUUUUUGGAAUGUUCAGAGCAAAAUAGUGAUUUGUCUCUUUGUCAAGGAUUUCAACAAGCAUUUAAAAAUUGCAAAAUUAAUGCUGGUUAUUACUAAAGUUGUUGACAUCAUAUAUUACAAAUAUAAAGGAUUGUUUCAUUGUUAUGAUUAUAUAAAGAUAUCUUCAACAUUUUAUAAUAACUAAAUAUAACAUUAUAUUUUGUAUUUUAAUUAUAUCAAGAACUUGGAAUU